UUCGGAGAGGACCCGCAACUUUUGCAGAAGGGGGAGUGAGAUCCAGCGACAUCUCUGGGUCCGGGCGGCUGCUGUGGCUGCUGCAGGGGGAGGGGAAAGAGCCGGAGCGAGUCCUGCUUCUGCCGCUGCUGGAGGAACGGCCAGCGGCAGCAGCCCAAGGAGAAGGAAAGGAGGAGGGGAAGAAAAGAAAAAAGCCGCUUGCAACUUGCACACCGGGCGUCACCUUGCAACCGCUCGCUCGAGGUGUGCAAGCAGCCGGUGGGAGCCAGCAAAAAGGAAAAAGAACAUUAUUAUAAUUUCCAAAUAAAACGCGACAAGGCAAGCAACUCAAGCGAAGCGACACACCCCCACCAUGGUGCAGCAAGCGGAAAGUCCAGAAGCCGAGAGCAACCUGCCCCGAGAAGCGAUGGAUACGGAGGAAGGCGAGUUCAUGGCUUGCAGCCCGGUGGCGCUGGACGAGAGCGACCCGGACUGGUGCAAAACGGCCUCGGGCCACAUCAAGCGGCCCAUGAACGCCUUCAUGGUGUGGUCCAAGAUCGAGCGGAGAAAAAUCAUGGAGCAGUCGCCCGACAUGCACAACGCCGAGAUCUCCAAGCGCCUGGGCAAGCGGUGGAAAAUGCUGAAGGACAGCGAGAAGAUCCCGUUCAUCCGCGAGGCCGAGCGGCUGCGCCUCAAACACAUGGCCGACUACCCCGAUUACAAGUACCGGCCGAGGAAAAAGCCCAAAAUAGACCCGUCCGCCAAGCCCAGCAGCGCCAACAACCACAGCCCGGAGAAAAACACACCCACCAGCGGCGGCGGAGGAGGCGGCAACCACGGCAGCAGCAGCAGCAGCAAAAGCGCCAAAAGCUCCAGCAAGAAAUGUAGCAAAGGGAAGACGUCGUCCCCGCCGAAGCCCGGGACGAAGCUGGCGGCGCACCCGGGCGACUACGGCGGGGACGAGUACGCCCAGUUCGGCGCGCUGAAAGGGGGCGGCAAGGCGGCCAAGUGCGUCUUCCUGGACGACGAGGACGACGAGGAGGAGGACGACGACGACCUGCAGCUGCGGAUCAAGCAGGAGGAAGACGAGGACGACGAGGAGGAGGAGGAGAGCCGCCGGCAGCAGCAGCAGCAGCAGCUGCGGCGCUACAGCGUGGCCAAAGUGCCGGCCAGCCCCACCUUGAGCUCGUCGGCCGAGUCGAGCGAAGGCGCCAGCCUGUACGACGAGGUGAGGGGCGGCGCUGCGGCGCACGGCGCCAGCGCGGGCCGCCUGUACUACGGCUUCAAGAGCAUGCCCAAGAGCGCCCCGCAGGCCGGCCUGCCGCCGGCUUCCUCCCGCUCGAUCUCCACUUCCUCUUCGUCGUCCUCUUCCUCCGGCAGCAGCAGCGGCGGCGAAGAGGCCGACGACCUGAUGUUCGACCUGAGCUUGAAUUUCUCGCAGCACCCGCACGCCGCCUCCGAGCUGGGCGUCGGCUCGGCCGCCGGGAACCUGUCGCUCUCGCUGGUGGACAAAGAUCUGGAUUCGUUCAGCGAGGGCAGCCUGGGCUCCCACUUCGAGUUCCCCGAUUACUGCACCCCGGAGCUGAGCGAGAUGAUCGCGGGGGACUGGCUGGAGGCGAACUUCUCCGACUUGGUUUUCACCUACUGAGAGAGGAGGAGAAGGACGAGGAGGAGAAGGAGAAGCGAUGGGCAGGUGAACAAGCUGAGAGAGCGAUCAAAAGGACUGGGAAGCAGAGAGAGGGGCAGAUCGGGGAAAGAGAGAUGCUUACACGCUGAAAAGUGGUGGAGUUUUGAAGUAACGACGACAAAAAAAAUGUCUUUGGGGUUUUUUUCUUCCUUUUCUUUUUUCUAAGUCUUGAAGUUAGUUCCAAACCGAGUCUGGAGUUGUGAUUUUUUUUUCCUUCCCGUUUUUCUUAUUUUUCCCUUCUGAUUUUAAUUGGUGGUCGCAACAGCAGCAGCAAGGAGAGAAGAAGAAAAAAGCAAAUGGGACUGGGGGUUACAAAGAUACAGAAGGCGCUGUUUGAAGCUUGUGGGUCUUGCGGUUGAAGUCUGGAAGAUGGUCUGCAAAAAAACGAAGAAGAAAGUCUUUUGGCAGCACAACGAUUACUCAAGGGGGUUUGUGGAUUUUUUUGUUUCUCCUACAAAGAUUUUUAAAGGACCGUUCUGAUUUUUCUGAUAUAUUUCUCUCUUUCUCUCUCUUUUUUUAUUUGUAAAAGGGACCAUUGCAACUGUUUUUGUUUGUUUGGAGGGAGAAAACUGAUGUCUUCUAUGCAUCCGAUUCUUAACAAAGCUGCAGGGAGCUUGGAAAAAAAAUGCAGACUGUACAAACGCUUACAAAAAACAAAAACUGUGAACUGACUUAAGAUCAGAGUUUACUUUUCAGAUCAAAUUGUUUAUGGUUUUACAAAUGUGAUUUCUACUUGCCAACUUUUUUUUUGUAACUUGUUCCCUUAUACCUCCUUGAUUGAAUACCAGACAGCCUAGACCUCAGUACACAAAGGUAUUGAAACAUUUUUGAUACAUAACAGACCUCAGUCUUUUUUAAAAAUUAAUAUAUUUUCAGGCGUAUUUUUGUACAGUGAAAGGGAACAUUCUUGCUGUGUUUUUUCAGUAAGACUUUUCAGGCACUUCUUCCCUUUUAUUUUUAUGUUUUAUUUUUUUUCCUCUGUUUUUAGCAUGCAAGUUAUAUGGGUACGUUUAUGUCCUGGUUUUAAAAGGAUUAAAAAAAAUCCUUGCAUCUAAAGGCCUUGUGGUUUAAAAAGAAAAAAAAGAAACACUUUUUUGUACAGCUAUAGUUCAGAUUUGUUCAAUAUUUGUAGGUAAAGAUUUAUUGAAAAUGGUGAUAUAGACCUCAGAGCUGUUAUCUUAGUUUAAAAGAUUGUAUAUGUACUGUACUAUAGUAGGAAUUUAUGUAUCUCAUACGCUGUGAUAUGUGGAUGGGGGCCCAGAUGGAAGGUAUGAAACUGGAUUCUCGACUUUUUUUUUUAAGCAAAAAAAAAGAUGGAAUGGGAAAAAAGAAAGGCACAUAGUAAAAAGAAAAAAGUUUCUCAUUUUGUGCAAUAUAAAGUACAGACCAUCUGCGUAUUUUGUAGCAAACAGUGGCAAAAAAGCAGACGUGUGCACUGUCGACAUCAUUGCCUGUUUGUUUUUUUUAAAAAAAAGAAAGAAAUGCUGAAAGUCUGUAUCUUGACAAUUUUAAUAAAUCAGCUGGAACUGAUAGAAACUCGAUUCGCUAUUAGUGUCUAUAGAAGGGGCGCUGGUGGAGACGCCAUGUAUAAUAGCCAACCCCUCCCUCACCCAUGGAGGAGCCUUAGCUGAGGCUUCAGGGAGUCUUAUUGGGGGGGGAGGGAGCGAAGAGAAAAAAGGGGGAGGUUGAAGGUAGCAUAUAGACUUUUAAAGGGCUGAUCCUCCUCUUUUUAGACCUCUUCCCUUGCUUUCUCUCCCUCUCUCCCCCCUUCCAAUAUCCCCUUCUCCCUUUCUCUCUCCCCUCAGUUAUCCCCUCCUUCAGGCUUUUUCGUCGGAGGUACUGAGUGGGCGGAGGCGAAGCAGGAAGGCUGAACCCGGGGAGGGGGAAGGGGGGAAAAAAGAAAAGAAAAGGCAAGGCGGUCUGGGCUCUCUGUGCGUGUUUUCGGGCUGUGCGUUUGGGCGGCGCGCGCGCGGGGGUUUCUUCCUGUCAAGAGAGAGAGAGGUGGCAGCAGGUACCAAGGAUGCUCGCGUCCUUGGGAGCCGGCAGGGAAGGGUUUGUGUGUAUGUGGGAGCUUCGUGUAGCUGUUCUGUGUUGGAGGCGGGCGGGUCACCUUCAGGCUCUGGGUGUGCGCGCGCAUUUGUGCGACUGAGGCGAGAGGUUUAUUUCUCACAACGGUCUCUCUCUCUUAGAUAUCUCUCUCGCCUCGGACUCCCUCCCUGCUCUCCACCCUUCUCUCAGGAAGAAAAUAAGAUUUUUAUUUAUUUCUCUGAGGAGAAGGGACGCCUUUUUCUCGCCCUCCCUCCCUCCCUCCUUUCUCGACGCGCUCUCCUUGAGGUGCUGUUGCGGGAGGCGUGAAAAAGGAGGGACGAGGGUGCCUUUCCUUCAUGAAGGCAGCCUCCCGGGCUGAGGCGGCGAAGGGGGUGUGUCUUGACCAUGCGCGGCGGGCGCUCGGUCUCCGCUCGGAAUGCUUGUUUGCUGCGUCGCCUCAGGAGCGCGCGGCUGGAGGGGGAUGGGGACGAGGAGUGACGUUGUCGGCGUGUGUUGUUGGGGGGGGGGGUUCGUUCGGUCAAAUUUUCAGUCUGAGCCGUGCCUAUUUUAGCCGUGGAUAGUUGGAAGAGCGCGCCGCUUGCCUCCCAGACCGUUCCUUCCGUUCUCCUCCUCCUCCAUCCUAAUUUCCAGAGGAGAAGGGGGCGUGGGGUGCGCGCCGCCGUCUGGCGCGCCAGCUCGGAAAGGGAGCGAGGGGGUGAGAGAGAGAGAGAGAGUGCGCGCGGCCGUGUGUGCGCGCGCACGCCGGGAUGGAUGGAGGAGGGGAGGCGGCUGGCUGGGGAGACAGCGGCGUGAGCAUCCAUCUCCCCUCCCCCCCUUCCAGCCUCUGUAUGCGCGAAGGGAGGCUACCUUUUCUCUUCAGCGGGGGGAGGAGGGCUGCUCGUGGCUUCUCUCAUUUUUCAUCGAGGCAGCUCUCCUCUCUUCCCCUUCUUCCUCCUCUUCUUCUUCCCCCUCCCCUUCAGCUCCAGUUCAUCCCACAACCUUUCGACUGGAUAUAAUUGAAGAGCCUGGUGUGUGUUUGUGUGUGUGUUUUAUAGGCAACUUGGAUGUAGUCCUUCGCUUCCAGGCUCCCCUCCCCCUUUCCUUUCCAAUGGACUUUUAUAUUGAGCCUGUGCAGAACCCAACCGGCAGCCACCUCUUGGAGCUGCGGUUGUGGCUCUUGCUAUUUCUCUCUUUAUUGGCCUGGGCGGGACCUCUGGGUUGCUGUAAAAAGAUGCUCUGGAGGAGAGGAGGCCUUUUUGCAUCUCCCUUGCCUUAUUAUGCUCUUGCUUAAUCAGCAGCCCAGAGCAGCAGGGAGCCGCUUUACCAAUGAGACAUGCUCCAGUUCCCUUUUCUUUACUGAGACCUGGGCCUAUAGAUGGGCCACAGGCAGGGGGGCUUAAUCUUCUGCCCCAGAUUGAUAGAUAUUUUCAUGCACAUUGGAAGGGGGAGGGGAAACAGCAACAGCAUGCUAUUGCGUUUCAGUCUUACACUUUGGACAACAAAAACCAGAUGAAUGUUUUAAGUAGACUAAAAUCCUAUGCAUGUUUUCUGAAGAGGUGAAUGCCGUUGAGUCCCAAGUUGGUAUAGGAUUGCAGCCUUAGGUAGAAGGAUGGCCUGUGGUGGCAGGCCAUCCUUUUUUCUUUUUAAGUUUUACAAAUAAAUCACUUGCACAAUUGUCAGUACACUUGUGCUGGCAAACUUCAGUGUAACCAGCCCUAACUAUGUUUUACUCAGAAGUAGGUCAAAGAAAGUUCAAUAGAAUUUAGGGAUAAGUAGGUGUGAUUACAUUUUACCUGCUCAAACAAUUUGGACUUGUUUUGGUGUGUGAAACAUACUUAGGAUUGGGCUGUUGGUAGUUUACAUGGGCAUUUUACUCUCUUGGCAACUCUAGAAACCAGUGCUGUAGGCUUUCAGGCUUGCUGAAGGUCAAGUCCUGCCUACACGUUUGUAUGGCAUAAAUAGAGCAUUAAAAAAAAAAUAUGCUUAUAAUCCUUGACAUCUGGGCAUCUAAAUUUUAAAAUUAGUUUAUUGAAUGUUUUAAAACUCUCCAAAUCAAGAUCUUCUCAUUCUAAAUGGGGGGGGGGGGAGUUUGGCCUAAAGGUUUGUUGGGCUAAAAGAUCUUGGCAUAACUAGAAAUUGUAAUAUAUCUUUCAUUGUGUAAGUAUGAGUCACUGUGUUUAAUAUAAUACCCAGAAAUACACUUGGCUAUUGAUAGCCUUCAAUAAUACAAAGAUUCUUUGGUGGUGGGGUUGGUCCUUACAUUAUUAGUGUAUUUAUAGCUUCUUUCAAAAAUUGUAUUGCAAUCUGUUGAAAUAUUUGAAAGCAAAAGAAGCAGAAAGAGGACUCUGCUCAGCAAUUUAGCCAUUAAUUUUGUAGAUGAACACCACCAAGUUCAUCCACUGGGCCUGAUGAAAUCCCAGACUUUACUAAGCCCAAACUGAGCUAAAAGGCUUUCAUUCUCUUAACUAUGGUGUAUGUUCAUUGGUAGAGAUGGUCUCCCAGUCUCUCUAUUUUACAUGCGUCCUUGUUUAUGGGUGGGGGGGUGGGGAAGCAGUGGGAUUGUUGCUGGUAUUUAGUAAGCUAUGUAUUAACUGCAUUAAAGUUAAGAGUGCUCUGCAUUGAUAGCAGGAACUAUGUUCCUAGCCUCUGCCUCUUCACUUCUUAUAUGUAGUUUGUAUGCGUGCAUGCGUGUGUGUCUUAAUUCAUCUAGAUAUGAACUAUUUGGAUUGAGUAGUACAGCUGCAUUUGCUCUAUUGUGGGAGUGGGUUGGAAACAACUUUUCCAAAAGCAAAUCUGAAAUUGUGUGGGUUUGAUGGAGGGACUAAGCUUAGGGUUUGAAUGAAUGUGCAAUAUACAAGGAAGAAGAACUUGCAUUUUGUCUGGAAAGUUUUGUUAUCCCCCGCCUUCAAUUUAUCCAUUUGAUGGGUAGGGUUGGUUUUUUUUUCCGAAUUCAAGAAGAGAAUAUUGCCAUCCAGUCCUGUGAAACUAUUAGUUUUUGCUGCUGCUGAAAUUCAUGCCAAAAUUCCCACUGUUGGUGGGUGGAAAGCAGUCUUGCUGUCAGUAAAACUGUCAUGGGGCAGACUGCUUUCCAGUGCUGUCACUGCAACCUGAAGCACACUUACAAAGAAUUAAGAUCCAUUUGGCUCAGUAGGACCUGCUUCCAAGUAAACCUGCACUGCAUGUUUACUAUCAUCAUAGUAACAUACAAGUUCCUGAUUCUUCCUUGUUGAAGUGUACAUGUGAUCUUUGCAGACUACUUCAGGCAUAGAAACCCUCUGCUGCCACAACCCUUGGCUGUUUCGUUGCUGUCUUUUUCAUAGUUCCUCAGCACUUUUCUUCUCUGUGGGUGAGGAGAUGCAUAAAACAAAAUGUUUUAACGAUUGUCAGCUUUUUAAUAUAUGAAAAAUUCCUGAUCUAUAAAGGAAAACAUUUAAAAAAGGCAACCUAAGAUUUUUUUAAAGACACUUUUUGGAAGGUGAAAUCCAGUUUGUACCUUUCCUUCUGGCUAGGUCCUCUCUAAUGUUAGAAAAUCUAAUUCACAAAAUGUUUAAUUCUUUAAGGGCAAUAUAUAUGACAGAUUAAAUAGAAAAGAUUGAUUAAAAAUGUCUUUUAAAAUUGUAUUUACUCAAAAUAUGUAGAUGUCCAUACAUGCAAAAGGUAACUUUUUCCUAGUGUAGUAGCUACAAAAAGUGAUUCGAACCUAUGAGGCCUUAACGGCCAUUCAUGCCAAUGUAAAUUGGUUAUAAAAGUUUAGUUAGACCAAUCUCUAUUGAAUGUGAAGUCAGAAUCAGGCACUGAAGACAUUUUAGUCUUUGGAAGUCUACUCUACAGAACUCUCUUGGUUCUAUAUCUCCACCUUUGUCACACAUUCCUAUUUUAUGGCCUGGUAAGAUCCUCAUCCUGCACUUCUUUGAGUCUGAUUUGUAAUUUUCAGUGUUUUGAAUUUUGGGGCCUUGAUUCUCCAAUAGGUUGAAACCAUAGUGUUCUGUUUUUGUUUUUCACAGCCUCACCCCUUAUUCUUCAGUAGUUACAAGAACUAGGGAGAAAUUCCUAACUUUUAUCUUUGUAUUUCAACCUUUUGACUCCCAAUCUCUCUAUCUUCUUCUUCUUCCUCCUCCUCCUCCACACACAGUAAGUUGUGGAGAUUUUUCUCCCCUCCCCUUUCCACACACUACCUAUAGCAAUUAACUGCCUACUUGAUUUUUACCCUCCCUUCAUGGAUGCAGUGAAUUUUUAAGAGAAUUUCACAAGCAAGUAGUUUUUUAGUGAGUUUAAAAGUAAACAGAGUUUUAAAAGCCUAUUUUUAUAUUCAGUAUAAAGCACAAAUGUGCAGAAAGUGUAGAAUGACUUACAAAAAGGGAAGUAAAAGUCCAUAAUAUUUCAUGUAUAAAAGUAAUACCUUGAUCGGGUAUUGGUCCUCCUAGAAAAGCCCAGUAGUUAUGCCGGUGCAAUGCUAGGAUUAUAGAAACAUCUAGAAAAUGACGGUGGAUAGCUAUUUCAAAGGAAUGACUUCUAUGAAUAAAAGCAACCCCAAAAUCACUUUGGCCAAGAAGGGGUUGGUGGUUCUCAAGGAUGCACAGUCAACCUGGAAGUGGAGUUCCCUGUCUUUAUUAAGUCAUCACACACCUCCUCGUAUUUGUGGGUAUUAUUUCAUGCCCAAAUGUUUCCUGAUGUAACCUGAGAAGACAUAUAUUCUUAUUGGGCUCUCUGGUUAAUUAUGCUUUCAAGAAAUCAAAUUCUAAUACGGUUUACUUUGCUAACAUGUCCCAUUAAUUUCAGUGGAACUUCUGUGUACCUCAGUGGGAGUGAACUCCCUACUUAAUUUUCAUUAAAGUUGGGAUUACGUCCAUAGUAUUUUAUCUUAUGCAAAAAAAUAAAAAUAAAAAUGUGAUGAUGUAAUAAACACUAACACAGGAACUCUCAUCCUUACUGUUAAUUUUUAUUUACAUCUUCCUGCUUAUCUUCAAACGUAGCUUGUGUCUACUCCUGGUUACACCAGGAGUGCAAGGUAGCACCAUUGCCAUUUCAUUUGUAAUUUCUGGUUUAUGAACGUGUACCCACACAUUGGAAGCUUGGAGUCUACAUAAUGCUAUGAUCUUUUCUUUCUUUCUUUCUUUCUUUCUUUCUUUCUUUCUUUCUUUCUUUCUUUCUUUCUUUCCUGGUGGGCUGUUUUAGUUUGGAGGCCUAUUGUACCAGUGUGGGAAUCUUGAUGGUUACAACAUUUUAAGGAGACGUUGCAUGAUGGCCACAGGUGGAGUAAACUGAAUGUCUUUAGAGCAGUUUUAUUUCUUCUUCCAGCAUGACACUUUUAAAAAAUAAAUAUGUAAUUUCAAAAUAAGGAGGGGGAAAAAAAAGAGUUUUCAAAGGCCACAUGAGGAAAAAAAAAAGUUUUCCGUAGCCACUCCAGGUAUGGGGAGGAGAGGAAAGCUAAAAAGUACUUUUGUUUAGAAGUCUGAAUGAUGGUGGUGGUUUGUGGGGGGGGAAAGACCUUUUUAAAGGUUUUUGCAUGCCAGUGCACGGGCCUAUUGCUGUGGGAAGGGGGGGGAGAAGAGAGUACGGUUUGCUUGAGGCAAUGCACUGGAGGACAAAAGUGUUUUCUAGCACUAGGAAAAAAAGAAAAUGCAUGGCAGAGUUUCGUCUUCUAGUAGACUAUAUAGCAUGCAGAGUUUAGUAUGUGUCAAAACAGUGUAUGACAUUGCUGUAUCAAAGUUGUAAAGUUAAGCAUUAUUUAUUGAAAACUAUGUAUUUUUUUUUUUUGUAAAAAACCUUGAUCACCUAGAGGAUCAAUAUCAUUCACUUGUGCUAGUACUACAUUCUUAACCAGCUUCUUUACUACAGUACUUGAUAUGCAGUCUUAAGCGCUCAGGGUUGAAAAAACAGUCCACUGCAAUGUCUCUUCUCUCUUUUUCUUUUUUUCUUCUUUGGGCAAGAAUGUCAAACAAAGGAGCAAAUUCAUACAACAAAUUCAUACAAGAUAAACAUAAAGCAAAAAAAGUCUAAUAUAGUGGUGUGAUCAAUCCUUACAUGUGUUUUACAUGUGGAUUUCCCCUCUGCCCAUCCAGUUUUGUAUUCUAUAUCUAUAGAGAGGGUUCUGCUCUUCAUUUUGUAGGGCAACCAAAAUUCUCAGUCAUCUGCCUUUCCAAACAAACAUGGCUCAUGGUCCCCCCAGUCAGGAUAGCCUGGGGGGAAAUGGUAUUCUGUGCCCAUCUGUCUCAAAACAAGGCAAAUGUAAUUUCUGUUUCCUGCUUUUAGUACUUUGGGUAAAACCAAAGUAUUCUUUUGGCUCAUCAAUUCAUGCAAUGUUUUAAAGUUGAACAUGAAAUAAAGAAAUAAGAGAAGUUUCUACUCUUGGAUUAAAUACCAGCAAACUCCAUUUCUCUGUAUCUUUUUUCUACAGACAAUUUACACUGUAAAUGUAUUUUGACAUAGAAAUAAAUCAUUCUGUAUUAAGAUUCUUGAUAUGAAAAUGUUUUUAUGAAAAUCUGUAAUUGGAACUAUAAUAUGUUUAUAAAAUGUGUUUAUGUGGUGGAAGUUUGUUGUAUAUUAAAUAUGGUUUUAUAUAAA